AUGGGGGAAUUUACUCAUCCAAACCGUGUAGUGCAAGAGGCAUAUGUAUUUAUUAGGGAAUAUCGAAUAACAAAUACAACUGUAGAGGAAAGUGGUGUUUCCCCAACACACGUUGGGCUCGUCAAAUGGAAGUUUCCAUCACUAGGUUGGUAUAAGGUUAAUUGGGAUGUAGCUAUUGAUUCCACCAAUAGACGUAUGGAAGUUGGGAUCAUAGUGAGAGACUACAAGGUGGUAGAAUCCAUUGCAAAUGGUGAUUCCCAUGUGCCAUUUAGAGAUAGCAAAUUGACCAUGCUUCUGCAGAUAACUACUGAUUCGUUUGAGGAUGACAAAUCAAAAAUUUUAAUGAUACUCUGUGCAAGCCCGGAUCCAAAGGAGAUACACAAGACGAUCUCUACCCUUGAAUAUGGAGCAAAAGCAAAAUGUAUUGUCCGUGGCCCUCAUACGCCAAAUAAGGAUAAAAUUGGCACUGAAGACUCUUCAUCUGCAGUAAUUUUAGGAUCAAGGAUUGCUGCCAUGGAUGAAUUUAUCUUUAAGCUACAAAGGGAGAACAAGCUCAAAGAGAAAGAGAGAAAUGAAGCACACAAGCAGCUCUUGAAGAAAGAAGAAGAAGUUGCUGCACUUAGAGCUAGACUUGAGCCUACUGAAAGGAGGGGAUCAGGGGCAAGUGAGGAGGAGAUCAACUUAAAGGUGAAUGAGCGGGCUCAGAUUCUGAAACGUGAGCUGGAAAAGAGAUUGGAGGAGUGCCAGAAAAUGACUAAUGAAUUUGUCGAAUUAGAGAGGAGAAGAAUGGAAGAAAGGAUAUUACCGCAACAACAGGAAGUUGAAAUGCUGAGACAGCGGUUGGAGGAGAUUGAGUUGGAGUUAUGCCGUUCAACGGAUGUAAGUGUUGAUGAAAGUGCAUUGAAGGACAUGGAUGGAAGUGGGUUUGCCAGAAGGCUAAUGAGGAUAUAUACCAAUGAGGACCCUGGAAUGGUAAAAUCAAUGGACUUGGACAUGGAUGAUCAAGAACCGAUUGUUCGUGAGGUGAAGCAUGUAGGCGGGAUGGUUUGCAAACCUGCUGGAAUCCAAGGAAAUUUGGAUCAGUCUCAUCUAGUGGAUCAUGAUGUUUUUGGGGCAAAAUUUGGUGACAGGGUAUGUCUGAGCACUGUAUUUGAGGAAGAAGAAGUAGAUGAAGGGGAUGAUGAACAUGAAGAGAGAGUGUUAGAUGAAGAAGUGGAGAAAGAAAUCAUAGAGGAGAAGAGGGUCUGUGUGGUUGAUAAGUGUAGCCCUGUAGUCAGAGUUGAGCAGACACCAAGUCCGCCUAGCAGAAGUCCAAGGAAAAGAGACCAUCCGAAGGAAAGAUUAGAGGGUAUGGGCUCGGAAUUAUUAAGUGAAGCAGAAAAUUCUAAGGAUACAGCCUCUUCUAGACGAUUGAGAAUCCAAAAUAUAUUCACACUUUGUGGGAAUCACAGGGAGUUAUCUCAACACAUCAGGACAACACCUGCAAAAAAGAGGUCUAGCCCCAUUGAUCCUCAAUCAUCUCCAACUGGGGAGGAUUCUAUUGUGAGAAAUUUCAACAAGGAGAAUUUGGAGGUCCAGAAAUACAUGCCCAUUCCAGAAUUUGAAGCCAAAAGUCCAGCAGCUACCGUGGAGCCACUUGCAUUGAACAAGAACCAAAUAUACAAUGAUGUGGCUUUGGCUUUGAAGGAGAACUACAAUCCAUAUGAUCAUGGCAAUGAUGCAAAGAUUGAAGUGUAUGUGAAAUGGGAGGCUUCAAAGGAAAUUCCUGGGAAGUUCAUUACCACGAUUAAGGUGGUUCGGCAUAUAGCUUAUAUCCACACAUCAAAGCCUUAA